CAACUCCCCAUCAUCACUUCUUCCACAUCACAUUCUGAGAUUCUCUACUCAAACAUUGAGUGCGAGAAAUGCCAAGCACAUCUCUAGCAAACAUGGCCACUGCUGCUACUUCAUCGAAGAUGCCCGUUUUGGCCGCACUCACCUUGCUGCUCCUAGCCGUGGCGUGCCGGGCCAGCCCGUACUACCCUCUGGAGCUAGGGUACUACCGUUACAAGUGCCCCCAGGCUGAGGCCAUCGUGAAGGCCGUCAUGGAGAAGGCCAUCGGCCAGAACCCCGGCAAUGGCGCCGCCGUCAUCCGGAUGCUCUUCCACGACUGCUUCGUCGAGGGCUGUGAUGCUUCCAUCCUUCUGGACCCGACCCCGUUCAGCCCGACGCCGGAGAAGCUGAGCCCGCCCAACAACCCGAGCCUGCGCGGCUUCGAGCUGAUCGACGCGAUCAAGCACGCGCUCGAGGCGGCCUGCCCCGGCGUCGUCUCCUGCGCCGACAUCAUCGCCUUCGCGGCCCGCGACGCGUCCUGCUUCCUCAGCCACGGCAGGGUCAGCUUCGACAUGCCGGCGGGCCGCCUCGACGGCACCUUCUCCAACGCCUCCGAACCGCUCAAGUUCCUGGUCCCGCCGACGUCCAACCUCAGCGACCUUAUCUCCAGCUUCGUCGUCAAGGGGAUGUCAGUGGAGGACCUCGUCGUCCUCUCCGGCGCGCACACCGUCGGGCAGUCCCACUGCUCGUCCUUCGUCUCCGACCGCCUCGACGUCCCCUCCGAUAUCAACCCGGGGCUGGCCGGGUUCCUCAGGAGCCGAUGCCCGGCCAACGCGACGAGCGGCAGCGGCGACGACCCGACGGUGGUGCAGGACGUGGUGACGCCCAACGACAUGGACAGCCAGUACUACAGGAACGUGCUGUCGCACACCGUGCUGUUCACCUCCGACGCGGCGCUGCUGACAUCGCCGGAGACGGCGAAGAUGGUGGUGGAGAACGCCAAAAUCCCCGGGUGGUGGGAGGACAGGUUCGAGAAGGCCAUGGUGAAGAUGGCCAGCAUCGAGGUGAAGACCGGGUACCAGGGGCAGGUCAGGAAGAACUGCAGGGCGAUAAACCACUACUAGUUGAUCGUCUUGCAACUGCACAAGUGUGCAACGCGUGAAAGACGAUCGUUCUUUAGAAAAACGGCACGGUGAUUGGUGAAGGAUCUAUCGUCGGUCGGUUCAGUUGUUGGUUUUUUAUUCUUGACCGAGAUGCGGUGUAUUUGUCGUAAUGUCAACUGUUAUUGUUAUCUUUGUUGUGUUUUCGUCAUUUGCCCUUUGUUUGAUUUCUUCAAACACUGGAGAGUUUUGUGUACGUGAUUCUUUGAUUUGUGUUUCUGUAUUCGGAAUAUAUAUGUUAAAUAAAGUUGAAUAAGUUCAGUUUA